AUGGAGUCAAAUGCCGCAGCAAAGUUUGAGUUUAAGACUUUUGUGUGUAUUAUACCACGGCAUAAUACAACAGCUCAAGUUUUAGCAAGAGCAAGACAGGAUGUUUUUAAUGGUCACCUAGAAAAAAAAAAAAACUAUAAAAUAUUGACCAAAAUUUCAGAUGCAGUAACAACUCUUGCCCGUCAGUCGGAGAAUAAGACACUGGUGCUAUUCGAGCAAGUCUACAGAUCAAUGUCACUGCUCAGCAGACCAUCUAUAAAAGCACUGUACCAAGCAAUGGUGGAAUACGUGUCGCCCAGCAACACACCAGACACCCUGCAGCAGCCCUUGAGCCGUGAUAUGCUUCAAGAGCGAUUCACUGAAUUCUUCACCCGACUGUUCCCGAUAGCGUAUCACCGGGCAGUUAAUCCUCAUCAGGUGGACUUUACCGAUAAAUUCAAGGAUUGUCUGUACAAAGCCAUGGACGAAAUCCAGCCAUUCGGUGAUAUUCCUAAGCAAAUAUCUAAAUCAGUGAGCAAGAGCUUGGAAGCGACUCGGGUUCUCGUUCAAGCUCUAACUCUCGGCAAGACAGUUCUUGACCGUACCGACAGUGUCCUGUUCUACGCGACGACUCCGCAGCAGGUUUCAUGCUACGAAGCGCUCUUGAGGAUGACUUAUUGCCCCAAGUGCUCCGGGUACGGCUCUUCCAUUCGUCCUUGCGGUGGUCUCUGCACCAAUGUCAUGAGAGGCUGUUUGACUGAACCGGCUUCAGAAUUAGAUCUAGCAUGGUCUGGUUACGUCGAGACUGUUGAGCGUCUAGUUAUAGCUGUUGACGGGCGAACUGAUCCCCUCGGAUUGAACGCUGAGAGGGCGAUCAGACAGCUGGAUACCCGUAUUUCUGAUGCUAUUAUGUACGCCAUGGAAAACGGUCCUGCACUUGAAGAAAAGGUACUGUAA